AUGGUGAACCUGAUGGAAUGGCAGAAACAGCUGCAGAGUGGGAAUGAGAAUGAGAAUGGGAAUGGGAAUGGGAAUGUUGAUGCCAAUGGACAACUCAUGUAUGUGAAGGUUAUGACUGAUGAACAGUUGGAAACCCUGAGGAAACAAAUUGCAGUUUAUGCCACCAUUUGUGACCAACUUAUUGAGAUGCAUAGAACUCUCUCAGCUCAGCAGGAUCUGGCAGGGGUUAGAUUGGGUAACAUAUACUGUGACCCAUUGAUGACAUCUGGUGGCCACAAAAUAACAUCUAGACAGAGGUGGACACCCACACCUGUGCAGCUUCAGAUUCUUGAACGAAUAUUUGAUCAGGGAAAUGGAACUCCAAACAAGGAAAAAAUCAAGGAAAUCACCACUGAACUGGGCCAACAUGGCCAAAUUUCUCAAACCAAUGUCUAUAAUUGGUUCCAGAAUAGGCGUGCUAGAUCCAAGAGAAAAUUGCAAAAUGUGACUCCUAGCAACACUGAAUCAGAACUAGACACUGAGGUUGAUUCUAAGGAUAAGAAGACAAAACCAGAAGAUAUUCAAUCCCAACAUAACAUAACAACUACAGGGUCUGAAAAGUUGUGCUUCCAAGAUCCUCAAGUAUGCUCUGACUUGCAGUACUUGAACCCAAAUUCUAACAAAACAUGUUCCAUGUUCCCAUCAGAUGCCACUGUGAAAUCCACAAGAAAUCUGGGUCGUAUGUCUGUCUUUGAUGAGGUGCUAUCAAACUCAAGGAAUGAUUAUCUGGUUGGGAAAAUGGAAGUAGCUGCAACUGGGAGUUACAAUUUAUAUCAUCACCAAGCAGGAGACUACAAUCUGGCAGGUUGA